GAGACCGAGAUCCCGGUGCGGGAGCGCCAGGAGAAGCCGCGGGGAGCCAUUGUCGGUACAGGCCGCAGCCAUGCCCAAGUCGAGGCGGCGAGGAGGGGGCAACCCUCGCGGAGCAUCAGGUGCCCAGCACAGAAACAUGCAGCCUUUUAGUGAUGAAGAUGCAUCGAUUGAAACUAUGAGCCACUGUAGUGGCUUCAGUGAUCCGGCUAGCUUCACAGAGGAUGUGCCUGAAAUUAACGAAGAAGCAACACAAGAAGAACUUGAGUACAAACUGAAGGGACUCAUUGAUCUAACACUGGAGAAGAGUGCCAAGACAAGGCAGUCAGCUCUGGAAAGUCUUAAAAAUGCCUUGACAUCUAAAAUACUAUACGAGUUCAUCUUGGAAAGGAGAAUGACACUAACAGAUAGCAUUGAACGCUGCAUAAAGAAAGGCAAGAGUGAUGAGCAGCGUGCGGCAGCAGGACUGGCUUGUCUACUUUGUGUGCAGCUGGGCUCAGGGAUUGAAAGCGAAGAGAUCUUUAAGACCCUUGCACCAGUGCUGAAGAAAAUCCUUUCUGAUGGAGCAGCAAGUGUACAGGCAAGGCAGGCUUGUGCUACCUGUUUGGGAGUUUGUUGCUUUAUUGCCACUGAUGAUAUUACAGAAUUGUAUUCAACUAUGGAAUGCCUGGAAAAUAUCUUCACCAAAUCCUAUCAGAAAGAAAGAAAUUCAAAUGGAAUUUCCAGCACCCAGAACACAGUUCUUCAUAUCAGCGCCCUGUUGGCAUGGACCCUUCUGUUGACCAUCUGCCCAAUGAAUGAAGUGAAGAAAAAGCUUGAAAUGCAUUUGCAUAAAUGUCCUCUUCUGUUGUCCUGUGAUGAUGUAAACAUGAGGAUUGCUGCUGGGGAAACACUGGCCCUUCUCUUUGAACUAGCAAGAGAAACAGAUGCGGAUUUCUUUUAUGAAGAUAUGGAGCCUCUAACACAGAAAUUGAGGGCUCUGGCUACAGAUGGGAACAAGCACCGUGCCAAGGUAGACAAAAGAAAACAGCGAUCUGUCUUCAGAGAUGUCUUGCGAGCUGUGGAGGAGCACGACUUCCCUACAGAGACGGUCAAAUUUGGACCUGAGCGCAUGUACAUUGAUUGCUGGGUUAAAAAACAAACCUAUGAUACUUUCAAGGAAAUUCUGGGAACAGGGAUGCAAUAUCACUUGCAGUCCAAUGAGCUUCUUCGGAAUGUCUUUGAACUGGGGCCUCCACUGAUGCUUGACGAGGCAACUCUUAAAACCAUGAAGAUACCCCGUUUUGAAAGGCACCUGUACAACUCUGCAGCAUUCAAAGCAAGGACCAAGGCCAGAAGCAAAUGCCGUGAUAAAAGAACAGAUGUUGGCGAAGCAUUCUAGACCAGUGCUUCAAG